ACUCUUUUCCUUCCACUACAAAUGACGAGUUGGAAAUACUGACUGGUACAUGCCAUGAGCUCUACAUUAGCAUAGGCAAUUCUUUUUCCUGUUUUCAUAGUUGAUGAACUUAUCUGAAGGCUGAAACUCGUCCCACAAAAAAGGGAGGAGCAUAAUGUCUAUUUAUAAUGCAGGACAUGGAGCGUUGUGCCACAUAACUGCAUGGUCCUCAGAGUAAUCAGUCAUGGGACUCCUGCUCUCUAUAUUUAUUGGCUUUCUUGCCUCUCUGAUCGGAGGACUUUACCUUCUUGGGGUAUUUCGAAGGCGGCAGCCAGGAGAGCCCCCUUUGGAUAAGGGGCUCAUCCCUUGGCUGGGUCAUGUCUUGGAGUUUCGCAGGAACACACUGAAAUUCAUCGAGAGGAUGAAGCAAAAGCAUGGCGAUGUAUUCACAGUACAGCUGGGAGGGUCUUAUAUCACAUUCCUUCAGGAUCCUCUAUCAUUUGGAACUUUUGUAAAAGAGAGCAGACAAAAACUAGACUUUAACAAGUUUGCAAGGUUUCUCGUACACAGAGUGUUUGGUUAUGAAGCUGAAGAGGAUGAGCACCACAUUCUCCAAGUCUCCAGCAACAUGCAUCUCAAGGGAGAUGGCCUGAAGGUACUGACACAAGCUAUGAUGGCUAAUUUACAGAAUCUGAUGUUGCACAGAAUUGAUGGAGCUGCAGACAAAAGCACCUGGAUAGAAGAUGAACUCUUUAUGUACAGCUACAAUAUUCUUUUUAGGGCCGGCUACUUGUCUCUGUUUGGCAAUACAACACCUGAGUCAGAAGGAAGUGAAGAGAGAUCGAAAGAGAAAGAUAGAGCUGAGUCAGAAGCCUUAUUCUCUGAGUUUCGUAAAUAUGACCAACUCUUCCCUAACCUGGCCUUUGGGGUGCUCACACCCAGGCAGAGAAUGGAGGCAAAGAGGCUGCUGGAAGUUUUCUGGAAUGCUCUAUCAAUGCAGAAGAUGAGGCUCAAGAACAACAUCAGCCGCUGGAUAUGGGAUAUGCAGCAGUCCAGAAAUGAGAAGGGUAUGAAGGAGUCGAUGAUUGACAGGUAUAUGUUUGUGCUUCUUUUUGCCUCUCAGGGCAACACAGGGCCCAUCUCCUUCUGGCUGCUCCUCUUGCUCAUGAAACACCCAGAGGCCAUGGCAGCAGUAAAGGAAGAGGUCGAUAGGGUUGUGAAGGAAUCAGGACAGGAAGUCCAGCGUGGUGGUUCUUUAGUCGACCUGACCCACGAAAUGCUGAUGAAAACACCCAUCCUGGACAGUGCUCUGGAAGAGAGUCUCCGACUCACUGUUGCACCCCUCCUCACCAGAGCUGUGCUUCAGGAUAUGACUCUCAAAAUGGCAGAUGGUUGUGAAUAUUUCAUUCGUAAAGGUGACAGAAUGGCAAUGUUCCCUUACAGUGCAGUUCAAAUGGACCCAGAGAUCCACCCUGACCCAUGUUCAUUUAAAUAUGACCGCUUUCUCAAUUCAGACGGGAGCAAGAAAACAGAUUUCUACAAGCAGGGGAAGAAGGUGAAGUACUACAACAUGCCCUGGGGUGCUGGGGUCUCAAUGUGUCCUGGGCGUUUCUUUGCCUCAAAUGAAAUGAAGCAGUUUAUUUUCCUCAUGUUGAUCUACUUCGAGUUUGAGCUGAAGAAUCCUGAUGACAAGAUACCUGAAAUUGACGACAGGAGAUUGGGCUUUGGAUCCAUGCAGCCUAUCAGAGAUGUUUCGUUUCGGUACAGACUCAGAGAUUAAACCAACUUGAUAGGUUUUGAUUUAUUAGCUUUUAACACGUUGUAUGUUUCAGCAUGAGAUUAAAUAUGUUCUAAUAUGAACGAUCUUCAUUCAUUUAUCAUCAUAAUGAAAUGAAUGUCAACAAUGAAUGCUGAAUUUUGAGUACUGACUGUGAAACACAAACACAUUCACUGACUCCUGCCUGUUCGUUGCAGCAUUACCUGGUAUUGACAUAGCUGCUAAAUAAACAAUGUGCAAAAGAGAGAUUUUACCAUGAGUAAUUUAGCCUGUCUAACUCGUACAUCAUUGUAACUGUUUGCUGCUUAAAUUAAAAUAUUGCACGUGACAA